CGAAGGGAGCCGCCGCCCCUGCCCGCCCGCGUCCCCGUGGGGCGCAUGGGGCACUUCGAGUUGGGAUCGCGCGCGGGCCCCGCGUCCCGCUUGCUGCUGCCGUGAGAAGCCGCGCCGGGACGCCCCCAGACCCCAAGCUGUCGGGAGGAUGACCAUGGCCGGGGGCAGGAGGGGACUGGUGGCCCCGCAAAACACGUUUCUGGAGAAUAUUGUCCGGCGGUCUAAUGAUACGAAUUUCGUGUUGGGGAAUGCCCAGAUAGUGGACUGGCCUAUCGUGUACAGCAAUGAUGGAUUUUGCAAGUUGUCUGGCUAUCACAGGGCGGAAGUGAUGCAAAAAAGCAGUACCUGCAGUUUUAUGUACGGGGAGCUGACCGAUAAAGAUACAAUCGAAAAGGUGCGGCAAACGUUUGAGAACUAUGAGAUGAAUUCCUUUGAAAUUUUGAUGUACAAGAAGAACAGGACACCUGUGUGGUUCUUUGUGAAAAUCGCUCCAAUUCGAAAUGAACAGGAUAAAGUGGUCUUAUUUCUUUGCACUUUUAGUGACAUAACAGCUUUCAAACAGCCUAUUGAGGAUGAUUCAUGUAAAGGCUGGGGGAAGUUUGCUCGGCUGACCAGGGCACUGACAAGCAGCAGGGGUGUCCUGCAGCAGCUGGCUCCCAGCGUGCAAAAAGGCGAGAACGUCCACAAGCACUCGCGCCUGGCCGAGGUCCUGCAGCUGGGCUCAGACAUCCUUCCCCAAUACAAGCAAGAGGCACCAAAGACUCCCCCUCACAUCAUCUUACAUUACUGUGUUUUUAAGACCACGUGGGAUUGGAUCAUCUUGAUCUUAACCUUCUACACAGCCAUCUUGGUCCCUUACAAUGUCUCCUUUAAAACCAGGCAGAACAAUGUAGCCUGGCUGGUUGUGGAUAGCAUCGUGGACGUCAUCUUUUUGGUGGACAUUGUGCUGAAUUUUCAUACCACCUUUGUUGGACCAGCUGGGGAGGUGAUUUCUGAUCCCAAACUCAUCCGUAUGAACUACCUGAAGACGUGGUUUGUGAUUGACCUUCUGUCCUGUUUGCCAUAUGAUGUCAUCAACGCUUUUGAGAACGUGGAUGAGGGCAUCAGCAGCCUGUUCAGCUCUCUGAAGGUUGUCCGGCUUCUCCGUCUGGGGCGAGUGGCACGCAAGCUGGACCACUACAUCGAAUAUGGAGCGGCCGUGCUGGUUCUGCUGGUGUGUGUGUUCGGACUGGCUGCUCACUGGAUGGCCUGCAUUUGGUACAGCAUCGGGGACUAUGAGAUCUUCGAUGAGGACACCAAGACCAUCCGCAACAACAGCUGGCUGUACCAACUGGCGAUGGACAUUGGCACCCCUUACCAGUUUAAUGGGUCUGGCUCAGGGAAGUGGGAAGGCGGUCCCAGCAAGAAUUCUGUCUACAUCUCCUCGUUAUAUUUCACCAUGACCAGCCUCACCAGCGUGGGCUUUGGGAACAUCGCCCCAUCCACAGACAUCGAGAAGAUCUUUGCGGUGGCCAUCAUGAUGAUUGGCUCACUUCUCUAUGCCACCAUCUUCGGGAAUGUGACGACCAUUUUCCAACAGAUGUACGCCAAUACCAACAGGUACCAUGAGAUGCUCAACAGCGUCCGGGACUUCCUGAAGCUCUACCAGGUGCCGAAGGGAUUGAGUGAGCGGGUCAUGGAUUAUAUCGUGUCCACCUGGUCCAUGUCCAGAGGCAUCGACACAGAGAAGGUCCUGCAGAUCUGCCCCAAAGACAUGAGAGCUGACAUCUGCGUGCACCUGAACCGCAAGGUGUUCAAGGAACACCCAGCUUUCCGGCUGGCCAGCGACGGCUGCCUGCGGGCACUGGCCAUGGAGUUCCAGACGGUGCACUGCGCCCCAGGGGACCUCAUCUACCACGCAGGAGAGAGCGUCGACAGCCUCUGCUUUGUGGUCUCCGGUUCCCUGGAGGUGAUCCAGGACGACGAGGUGGUAGCCAUCCUAGGGAAAGGAGAUGUGUUUGGAGAUGUGUUCUGGAAGGAAGCCACCCUCGCCCAGUCCUGUGCCAACGUUAGGGCCUUGACCUACUGUGACCUGCAUGUGAUUAAACGGGACGCCCUGCAGAAAGUGCUGGAAUUCUACACGGCCUUCUCCCACUCCUUCUCCCGGAACCUCAUUCUCACCUACAACCUGAGGAAGAGGAUCGUCUUCCGGAAGAUCAGCGACGUGAAGCGGGAAGAGGAGGAGCGCAGGAAACGGAAGAACGAGGCGCCCCUGAUCUUGCCCCCGGAUCACCCCGUCCGGCGGCUCUUCCAGAGGUUCCGACAGCAGAAAGAGGCCAGGCUGGCGGCCGAGAGGGGGGUCCGGGACCUGGACGACCUGGACGUGGAGAAGGGCAGCGUCCUCGCGGAGCACGCCUCGGCCAACCACAGCCUCGUGAAGGCCAGCGUGGUCACGGUCCGCGAGAGCCCCGCCACGCCCGUGUCCUUCCCGGCGGCCUGCCCCUCGGGGGUGUCGGACCACGCCAAGCUGCACGCUCCCGGGUCCGAGUGCCUGGGCCCCAAGGCGAGUGGGGGCGACUGUGCCAAGCGCAAAGGCUGGGCCCGCUUCAAAGAUGCUUGUGGGAAGGGCGAGGACUGGAACAAGGUGUCCAAGGCCGAGUCCAUGGAGACACUCCCCGAGAGGACCAAGGCGUCAGGGGAGGCCACACUGAAGAAGACGGACUCGUGCGACAGCGGCAUCACCAAAAGCGACCUGCGUCUGGACAGCGUCGGCGAGGCCAGGAGCCCCCAGGACCGGAGCCCCAUCUUGGCGGAGGUCAAGCAUUCUUUCUACCCCAUCCCCGAGCAGACGCUGCAGGCCACCGUCCUGGAGGUGAAACACGAGCUGAAGGAGGACAUCAAGGCCUUGAACACCAAAAUGACAAAUAUCGAGAAGCAGCUCUCUGAGAUACUCAGGAUAUUAACUUCCAGAAGGUCGUCUCAGUCUCCUCAGGAGUUGUUUGAAAUAUCGAGGCCCCAGUCCCCAGAAUCAGAGAGAGAGAUUUUUGGAGCGAGCUGAGAGGGCCGUUAAAAAAAAAAAAGUCCAAGACAAAAACCGACCACCCUGCCCUGGACGCCACCCCCACCACACACACCUACAUGACCAACAACUUUAAAAGUAGGCUUUUCCUGACAUAAUCAAAGUGGGACCAGUCGCUUAGGCACACAACCUCUUAUUCCCUGUCUGGGAAAAGAUACGGGAAGAGGAGCGUGCCAUCGCCCUGCAAGAUGGCAGCUGCAUCCGAACUGUCUUUGCACAAUUUUGGAAGAGGGGGCAUGCUGUCUAAAGGGUAGUUCCCUUCAUUUUUAAUUUUUUACUGUUGUGAUAUUUGUAAAAGAUGAAAACUACCAGAAAAGAGCAGCAGCCAUUUGGGGAUUGGUGGGGGGAGCACCGAGAACCCCUCAUGUAUAUACCACGCGGGGCUCCUCCGCCAAGACCCCCAAAGUUGGCCGCGGGCACAGGGAUCUCCCAGCAUUCCCUGUCCUUGUACAGCCUGCGUCUGACGUCACCGUAUAUUUUCCUACAGUCGUCAUUUGUUAACAAGCGUGGGACGAGGGGAGCUUGAGAGGGAGGGUUGAGCCUGUCACCUUGCCGUCUGUAAUGGUUAAGGGCCAAACAGCGGCUGAGGCGCUGUGGGUUCCUCCCAUGAACAUCAAGAGCCGGGACUCCUCAGGCCUCCUCUACCCGAGGAGCUGAGCAGAGCCGAAGAGCUGGAGAGGAGCCCUUGGGAUUCGGAGAUUCUCCGCAGCCCACUUCUAUGGGAUGGCCUGGGGGAGGGCUCUGGAGGCCCCAGAUGAAUCUCUGGCCUUGCUCCAUGCCACUGGCCUCAUCGCACAGGCCCUUUUGCUUCUUUUCCUUCUCAACCUCUUCCUCACAUGUUCCUGUGGCAUUCCUCAGGUUAUGGAGCAUCAUCGGCAGGAAGGGCAAUGAGCCCAGAGUUGCUUUAUUAGCAAAGCAGACACCCAGACACACACACACACACACACACACACACACACACACACACACGCAACCUCAGAAAAAUGAUUGUAGCUAGUGUUGUUUAUACUAUAAUUCUCACUGGGAUUGUCCUUCAGAAGUUUGUACUUUGUCCGCUGCAUGGGGUCAUUCUAGGACACUCGGAAGCCAGGCAUGGCCUUACUUUGAAGCUAAUCUCUUUAUCUCCUACAAGAGUCAGUAGGACUUCAAGAGAAACCGUGAAAAGAUUACAGGGCCAUGAUCGUACUUGCUUCAACAGCUGGAAAAAGAGAACGAGGCAGUGGCUUUUCCGGCUGUCUCUGUAUGGUGAUGGAGAGGGGUGGCCGUGCAGCUGUGGUCUGCGGGGCAGGUCCGAGCUCAGAACUAUGAUCAUAGAAAUGCCUGCGGGUCACCCACGUCCCUAUGCCAGGGUGCUCAGGGACAUUCCACUGCCUCAUAGUCACUUGGGGUCAGGUCAUUCCCAUGCUCGAGCUUUCAGUGGUGUCAGGCGAAGGAAAGAGAAGCAGUCUCUCAUAGGCAGUGGGGCUAGCCCUGGUGAUGCUCUGUAGAGAUGAAUCAGGACCCUAAAAAUUGGCAAGCAAGGUCAGAAGUCCAGCUCUAAGAACUCAGCUUUGCGUGAAAUCAGGAGUGCGGGUGGUCUGGACUGUUAGGGACAGCAUGGAAUCAUCCCAGGUACCGACCUUUGCACGUUACGUUGCAGCAACCCCAUCCUUAGCACCUCUGCCUGGCGUUGUUUUACUAAAGAGAGUCUGGAUUCCAGUGCUGAUUUCCCUGAGCACUGAAGGGAACCCGACAGUUUGGGGCCUGCCCUACCAAAGAUAUUCCGUGUCUCCGAAGCCUCCUGUCUGGGCCUACCUGCCUGCCUGCUCAGUGGCCAUGACAUGGACCCAGGACUUGGCCUUCAGUUUUCUGUGCAGAAUGGGACUGUCUUCUUCUGACUCUAAGGGUUGGUGCAGAUGGCCCCAGGGAGCAGAGUCUGGAGGUCAAGGCCGGGGUCCUUCCCUAGAGGCCCCACACACUCAUGCUGCUCUUCUCCUGAGACUUACAGAGGUGGCCCCUGGCUUCCUGAGGCUGAGAAAUUAGACUCGGCCUCAGAUGGCAGCAUACAAAAAGAGAAAGUGAAAUUUCCCGAAUCAUGAUCGUGACUCUGGAUAAAGCCGUGGGGCUUUCAGCCUCACUUUAACUUAAGAAGCUGCCAACUGCUCCUCGUGGCAGAGACUGUAGAAUAUCUGGAAUCCCAUCUGCCAGCUGCCCCUGAAACGGAAAUGUUCUAGUUUGCCAUUCCCUAAACAUGCUCCUUAACCUGCUUCUGAAGUUUUGCACCCACUACUUUUAAGGCAGGGCAAGGGCCCUAACUCUAACAUUCAGCCUCAGAAGCACCUGCCCAUCUUUCCGGGGACUUGAUGACAGGUGCCGGUCCAGCACCCUACAGGCCAGUGUAGAAAGGCCUUUCCGCCUCCCUUCAGCUGUGCCUGAGGGGCACAGGUGUCUAUUCAGAAACGACUCCCCAUCUGGGUCUGAGACAAAGAUGCUGAUGCAUGAGGCUUUGAAGCUCAGACUUCUUCGGGAGAAGAAAAUGAAGCUUCAUGAAUGUAUUCCCAGGAUGGAUUCCUAGCACUCAAACUAGGCUCGACCAAAGCCCAGAUCUGCUCAUCUUGGGGUCACAGGGCCCACAACACGUGCUCCUGUGGGUGACGGUGAGAGUACCACGGUUGUGGUUAUAUAUGCUCUUGUUCUCCAUUUAAGGAUUUUAAGGAUUUUUGCUAUAAUUGUUUUUUUCUGGGGGAAAAAAAAAACUUUUUAAAUGAGCCAAACCUUCUUUUCUUUCACAUUAAUGACAUGCACUUGGCCACAGGCUGCUUCGUGCUAACUACCUAUUCUCUCCUGGAUGUUGCUCUAGGUUCCCGAGCAAGGACCGUGAGCUUCAGAUACCACUGACUGAGCCUUCCACUAUAAAUCAUUUAAUUAAGUGUUCUCCAGCAAGCAUGUGGACUAAUUGAUAAAGAGCAGAGAAGCCUGGUUGUUAAGUUUGAAUUAUAAUAUUGAAUUCUUCAACAGAUCUAUGAGGACCCUUGAUUACCUUGGGAAAAUCGUUUACUCUAGCUUUUUCAGCUUUGGUCCCUAGGAUGUAAGAAAUCAGUGGUUUAGCAGGAUCCUCAGAAAAGCCUACUUUUAAAAGGGAGUCUUAAUAGGCAUAGUUGUAAGGUUUUAACACUAAAGAAGGAUGUUCAGAUAAAGGAAGGGGGUUAGAAUAGGGCAAAAACAGAUAGAGAGGAGGUAGAAUCAAGGAUUAGGGGAACCAUGGCUGGUGAGGCUGAGGAAGAGGCCCCGGAUGCUUUUAAAUCUCCUUUAUUUGCUUCAAUUAACUUAGUAUUUUGUAAAGAGACAAUUUUAGAACCCUGAAUGUUUAGAAGCCUCUAGGUACCCAUUAAAAUAGCCAUUCCAUUCGGGCUCUUUAGUUCUAUUACCUGGUCUUCUAAUAUAGUCUGGAGGAAAACGAAUUAGGGGAGAUCGAGAGUUUUGCAUCAUGGCCAUUGAGGUUCUAGAUUAUAUUUAGUGAGGUUGGUCCAUUUAGUCAAAAAUGCACAUGAAGUGAAACUAUAAUUUUUUUUUUAACAUAAAGUCGACGGGGGUCCCUGAAGAAGAACCACUCUUAGAGCAUUUACAUGACUGGAUUCUCAUUUCUCACAGGUUUUAAGAGCGAAAGAAAAAAUCCCAAAUAGCCUGAAGGGGGCGCUUUCAGGGUUGAGAGUUGUGUUUUGUUUUACAGUGACAGCGUGCCUUUCAUGGGACAUUUUCCUCCUGGCUGACAGCCUUUGCCCUAGUUGUCCCACCGAUGACCAGGUGUCUCCUGCCACACAGAAAUUUUCCUGGCAGUUGGCAGGCAUCCUAAUAUCAGUCUGGCCUGUGCGUGACCAACUUAUCCUCUCACAGAAUCUUUUGCUUUGGAGACCAAAGUCUCUCGUGAGAAGGUAGAUUUAUUUGCUUGACCCAUGCCCACUGCCAUUAUUUUUAAUUUUUGCUCUCAAGAAUUCCAAAGUAAUUAUACCAAAAUUCAGUGCACUUCUGCCAAAUAAACAAACAAGUACUUAUCAAAAAGGAUGAACUCUUAAACAGAAAGAGUGAAGCAUUUACU